AUGCACGUGCUAGUGAGGAUGAUGAACACGCGCGAAACGAUCGCGAUACCCACGUCCAGGACGAUGAAGAUCGGUGACCUGAAGACACGGAUCGAAAAGAAAUUGAACGUCAAACCGGAAAACCAGCGCCUGUUCUUCGCUGGCAAACAGCUUGAAAAUCAGUAUAGCCUCUUUGAUUAUAGUAUUAAUAUAAACGAUGUACUACAAUUAGUAGUUAUGGUAUCUGCUACUGAAACUGACUCUACAAAAAAAUCAGAGUUAAAGGUUCCUAAGAAUUUAGAAGAUGAAAAAUGUAUUCAAAGUUGCUCAACAGCCACCAGUUCUAUAAUAGAAGAAGAUAAUAUAGAGGAUAUUUCUGAGGAAAGCAAGUAUUUUAAAUUAGGCGAUUAUGUUGAUAUACGAGAUUUUGAAUAUGGUGUAUGGUACAUGGGUAAAAUAGUGAAGAUAAAAAAAGAUAUAUCUGUAAAAAAUGAAGAAACUUCCUCUGAUAAUCAAGAGGAAAAUGAUGGACUUAUUUAUUUUGUAGAGGAUGUAGGAGCUCCUAAGAACCCACCCGCUAAAGUUACAUUGAAAGAUGUAAGACCAUAUUCUACUGAAAAUUUGCCAUUUGAUCAACUAAAAAUCAACGAUAAAGUUCUUAUGAAUUUUAAUUCUGAACAUCCUAAAGAACGUGGUUAUUGGUAUGACGUGCAAGUAAAAAAGAUAACAGUUAAUAGACGAAAUCGAGAAGUAAUAGGAGAUGUAACGCUUGGAUCGAAUAAAGCAGUAUUGAAUGAUUGUCGAUUGAUGUUCCUCGAUGAUAUCUUAAAAAUAAAACCACAUAAGUUAAUUGCAGAGAGGACAGAAGAAGAUGAUGCAAUCAUGCAAACAAAGCCUUCUGUUGAAAGAGCAGGAGCUUUAAGUUGUAUUAAAUGCAAAGAUAACAUUAAUAAAUUAUGUUAUGACUGUGGGUGUAGUAUUUGUGGUGGCAAGCAAGAUGAAGAAAAACAAAUAUUGUGUGAUGAAUGUAAUGAAGGUUUUCAUAUCACAUGUCUUUCACCACCCUUGACAGAAAUCCCCAAAGAUGAUGAUUGGUAUUGCCCAAAUUGCAAAAAUGAUGAAAACGAAAUUGUAAAAGCUGGUGGAAAAUUGAAGGCUUCAAAAAAAAAGACAUUGGCGUCAACAUCAAAACGUGAUUGGGGAAAAGGUAUGGCAUGUGUCGGUAGAACAAAAACAUGCAACAUUGUUCCACCAAACCAUUUUGGUGCCAUUCCUGGUGUUGAAGUCGGCACUACGUGGUUAUUCCGCGUUCAAGUAUCUGAAAGUGGUAUUCACCGUCCACCAGUUGGAGGAAUACAUGGCCGUGAUAAUCAAGGAGCAUUUAGUAUUGUAUUGAGUGGUGGUUAUGAAGAUGACAUUGACAAUGGUGAUGAUUUCAUGUAUACUGGUUCAGGCGGUAGAGAUCUAUCGGGUAACAAACGCACCGCUCUGCAGAGUUAUGACCAAGAAUUGACACGUUACAAUAGGGCUUUAGCUCUCAACUGUAAUGCAGAAAUCAAUGAUAAGAAAGGAGCUACAGCUGUAGAUUGGAAAAAAGGCAAACCGGUUAGAGUUGUACGGAACUAUAAACUUCAUAAACAUUCCAAGUAUGCACCUGAAGUGGGCAACCGUUAUGAUGGUCUUUACAAAGUUGUGAAGUAUUAUCCAGAAACUGGAAUAUCUGGAUUUAUUGUGUGGCGUUUUGUAUUGAAAAGAGAUGAUCCUACUCCAGCCCCUUGGACAGCAAAAGGCAAAAAGCGUAUAGCUGAACUAGGUCUUGAAAUAAUUUAUCCAGAAAAUUAUAUACCUCCUACUGAACUUGACAAUACAAAAUUACCGGAGUCUAACAGAAAAAGAACACUAAAAGAUAUAGACACUGAAAACAAUGAAUCAGAUGGAAAGAAAGAUGAAAAAAAAGACUCUGUAAAAAAACCAAAAAUAGAGUACAAACUCGAAAAAGAAGGAGAAGAAUUGAUCAAAGCUGAUGCUGCCAAUAAAAAAUAUUGGGAUGAUUGUAAGGAGUUGUUGAAAGAUGGCCAGAAAGCAUUUUUAGAUAGAGUUGAAGAAACUUUUAUGUGCAUAUGUUGUCAAGAUAUUGUAUUUGAACCAAUCACAUUAGAAUGUUCCCACAACAUUUGUAAAGGGUGUUUGAAAAGAUCAUUUGCAUCUAAGGUUUACCAAUGCCCAUCAUGUAGAGCUGAAUUGGGAAAAUCUUAUCUUAUGAACAUAAAUACUUUAUUGGCUAACACACUUUUAUAUUUCUUUCCGGGAUAUAACAAAGGUCGUUAAUAUUUUUACAAACAACUUUUACUUCAUACAUUUGAUAAAUCAGUUAUUUAUUUACAUCUAUUUUGUAGGUUUUUUAUUCAUACAUUUUUACAUAUUGAUUUAUAUUUUUUUUACUUGAGAGAAAAGUUAACUCUUUAAAGGAAAUUAUGUUUUUUUUUUCAAGAUUUUUAAUAUUAAUAGAUCCCAAUUCAU